AUGCAAAACUAUCCUAGGAGAUACCCAAUUCCGCCUAUGCAGGCAAAUGUGAACAAUAUAAACCCUUACGUACGACCGUUAGCGGGCAUGUCACCGAUGGCAGCGACUCCUCCCAUGCCGUCAUCAAUGCAUACGCCUAUUCAGUCACCCUUACCCAUUGGUCCCGCUACAAAUCAAAUUCCGAUAGUAGCCAACUCAUAUCUUCAGUUUCAAGCUCGAGCUGGAAUUGGAACUCAACGUAUAAAUCAAGGAAUGUCCACGCCAACUUCAGUGAAGGCUAACAAUAGACGUACCAAGGGUGCAAAGAAUAAGACAUCAAUGAUUUCCAUGGCUGAUGCAGUUGUUGAUGAAGCAGAUGAGCCUUCUGGAGGCUCGAUAAUACCGCCGGAAUCACCAUACCAAUCAAAAAAUGUUGAAGAAUUAAAAAAACAACUUGCUGAAACUCAAGCUGAGUUUGAAAAGAUGACUAGUGAACAUGCCGAAAAGAUGAAGAGUUUUACAUUACGUACAGAAGCUUUGUCCAAAAGCAUGCAGGAGAUCAAAAAAUGUAACGGUUCAGAGGUUAGUCUAUAG